AUGUGGACUCAGCGUAAGCGAUUCGGGGAAUUUAAAAGCAGGGGGAAUCAGAAUCGAAGAGAGGCGGGCGAGUGCCGCAAGCGGAAGGGAAAAGAGCCUUUGGUUGGGUUGGUGUUUGGACCUUUUGGGUUUGGAAAUUGGAAGUUUGUAACUGUCCGUGGACUGCUGCGGGCCCAUAGGAGACAAAAUCAGGUGCUUUGA